ACACGUACACAGCUUCUUCCAUGUGUGCAGUACGUUGCGCGUCCUUAACCCGGCUACACAGUGGCAUAGACUAUAUUCUGUCAUUAUAAAUUAAUUUUUAAUAUUAAUUUGACAAAAGAUGCCGUACGCCAAUCAACCGUCGGUCCAUAUCUCGGAUUUAACCGAGGAGAAUGUUAAGUUUCAGGUAGAAGAUACGGAAUUGAGUGUUGCGAACAGCAUGAGACGCGUCUUCAUCGCCGAAACUCCGACAAUGGCCAUCGAUUGGGUCCAACUGGAGGCUAAUUCUACUGUUCUGAGCGACGAAUUCCUAGCACACAGAAUAGGGAUGAUACCGUUGAUAAGUGAUGAUGUCGUUGACAGAAUACAAUUCACAAGAGAUUGUCAGUGCAUGGAUUUCUGUCCUGAAUGUAGCGUAGAAUUCACCCUGGAUGUUAAAUGCACCGAGGAUUCAACCAGACAUGUGACCACUGCUGACUUCAAGUCCAGUGACCCUAGAGUGUUGCCUGUCACAUCCAGGCAUAGGGAAGACGAAGCGAGCGAGUACGGAGAGACGGAUGAGAUUGUGAUAGUGAAGCUUAGGAAAGGGCAGGAAUUGAAAAUCAGAGCGUAUGCGAAGAAAGGUUUCGGGAAGGAGCACGCUAAAUGGAAUCCGACUGCUGGCGUGAGCUUUGAAUACGAUCCAGAUAAUUCCAUGAGACACACCAAGUUCCCCAAACCGGACGAGUGGCCCAAGUCGGAAUACACUGAACUGGAGGAGGAUCAAUACGAAGCGGCGUAUAACUGGGAGGCCAAACCAAACAAAUAUUAUUUCAACGUGGAAGGUAGCGGCGCCUUAAAACCCGAGAACAUCGUCAUGAUGGGAAUCGCUGCGUUGAAAAAUAAAUUGUCGAAUUUACAGACGCAAUUGAGCCACGAGGUGCAGAGCGACGCGUUGAGCAUUCAUCAUUAGACAGUUGAUUACACGUACACAUAAAUAAAUAAUCUAAGAAUUAAAAAGAUUGUUUAAAACUGAAAAAA